UUACUCAUUUCAUUUUUCAGAUGUUUAGUGAGGACUAAGAAGAGAUAAGAGCAAUAGAGUGCUGUCCUUUGAUUUGAUUGUUGAAAGCAGUUUAAGGUAAAGGAAGAGCAGAUGAGUGGUUUGCCAGCGAAGAGAUGUGGGAUUGAGGUCUCGCUUCUUCCGUAUGACUUGAUCUUCAAGAUUCUUCUUUUGCUUCCUGCAAAAGACCUCUUAAGGCUAAGCUUUGUAUGCAAGACCUGGCGCAGGUUAAUCAACAGUCCUAAUUUUGUUGAAGCUCACAUGAGUCGGUGCGAAACAGUUCUCACCUUUCUGAAACAUGUCUCUCAACCGCACCCAAAUACGUUCUCUAUUGACACCAAAAACCCCCAGUUCACACUCUUUGAGCAACCAUCUUCCAGAAAACGGAAGCUUCAAAUCUAUUUGAUGGAGUUCAAAGAUGGUAAUGGCAAGAUUAGCGAUCCAAACAUAUGUGGUUUUGGUGAAAUUCUAGCAACUUGUGACGGUUUAGUUUUGGCUAGAAACAGAACAGGAAGCUUACUGAUCUUGAACCCAACAACCCGAAAGCUUCUUCCACUUAAAUCAGGAACAAUAGCUCCACACCGAGAAGAAUCAUAUGGGUUUGUGUUCAGCGAUCGUGCACAUGAAUAUAAAGCCGUGCAUGUAUUCAGAGAUGAAUCAGGUCAUACGGAUAGUGAGAUACUGAGCUUAAGAACAAUGUCAUGGAGAGGAGGCAGCGUUCCUUCUUUUGGGCUCUUUAGGGACUUCAAUCACAAAGCGGUGGCCGCCUCUGGGGUCUUGUAUUGGCUUCCGGGAACUCAUAACGCCAAUUAUCUUGUGUCGAUGGACAUAUUUGAUGAAAAGUUUGUCACAAAGGAUUUGCCGGUUAAUAGCAGCGGCAUGAAUGAUAGGCUAAUAGAAAACGGAGGUAUGUUGAAUUUUGUUGCUCAAAUGACGGUUUACAGGAUUCAGUUAUGGACUUUGAAAAGGAACGAUUGUGAUGAAGAAUGGGUAAAACGAUACACAAUCAACAUGGAUUAUGAUAUAACGGGGUUGGUUCCUGUGUUCAUGACAAAGAACGGUAGAUGUUUGAUCUUGAAGCUGUCAAAACAAGCGAUUUACGAGUAUGAUAUGGAAGAUGAGGAAAUGAAAAUUUUGGUAGAUGGGAAUGUGAAUUUCAACUAUAAGGUGGCGUUUCCACUUGUGAAUACGCUUGCUUCUUGGGAAAAUUCUGGACCGUUGUGGUAGCAACCGGCUCCGCUAGUAGAUAUUCGACUCAGGUAUGUUCCAUAUUCAUGUGGUAUUGGUUAACCUGUGUAUUGAGGAGUUUGAAACUCGGUAAGUGAAUAAUCUAGUAAUGGAUGUGAAUAUUGUUACUGGGUUAGCCAUUUCAUGGCCAAAGUCAUGGGUUCAAGGCUUUGUGGGCUACAAUAUAAUAGGACCGGUUCGGUGUGGUCCGACCGGCUCUGGUUCAUGUGGUGUUCUUCAGUUUGCUAAAUUCAUAAAUUGUUUGCAGAU